AUGCUCAAGUGGCGAGAGCAGCUCCCGUGUGAAGGUGGAGGAUUUAAAAAACGACCGAGGAAUCAGGUGAAGCUUCCGGGACCCGACAAAGACGUUUGCGAGGAGGAAAAGACACGUUGUCAAGAGUUCUCGGGGCCAGGCAAUGCAGUCCUCCAGAACUAUCUGGCCAAAGGAGAAUACCCUCCUUUUAAGUCUCCUGCCAUGUUCGAGAGCGCAUUUGUGCAGGUCUCAAGGAAGGGCAAGCCCGUGUUCUUCCAUAACCAUGGCCAUGAGGCCAUCGUCGGCAUCGCUGCAGAUGACAUGAAGCUGCCGUUGCCCAACAUGAUGUUCAUCGCCCGUCCGGUGGUGAUGCGGCUCUCCCGGGGACCCCCUAAGGAGGAACUAAUACUCACCAGGCUCAUUCCUUUGAGAUUCGUACGGCUGGCCAUUCGUGACCGAGAGAAGCAGAUCAUUGAAAUGAUCCUGAUCAGUGGGCAGUCUUAUUACCUUCUACUCCACCCUUCCACCAAGGAGAAAGACAACCAGUUCCGGUGCUGGUGCAAACUCAUCCACCUUCUCCAUCACCCACCAGCACGCUACUUCAGGCCCAAACCCAUCUCCUUUACUGGUAUAGACCACCAGAGCAUUCCUGUUAUACCAAGGGACGAGGAAGCCGUGCAGGAGGAAAAGGAAGAAAACAAUCAGGAGCAGAAGGAGAAGGGACAGAUUUCAGCCAAAACACCUCAUCAGAGCGGGUUUGACAUCGAGGAAGAAUACACUGCCGAUGAGCGCCACAUUCUGGAGAUAGGAGACGUCAGGACAUUUAGUGAGUGGUUCCUGUACGAAAAUGCUGACAGCUUUGAGACCUACGCAGGGAGCAAGACCUCAGUCAAGCCGAUCAGGACAUUCAGUUCAGCACCUGUUCUAUCAGAACUAACAUUUUCCAACACAAGCAUGAACACAAGCAGGUCCUCGGGCCAACCACCAGCGCCUCCUGUGUUUCCAGUUCCAAAGAAAGGCGAAAACGGAAGCCUUAACAUUGUCACCAUCUAUUCCGCCAUCUCCAAAAUUCUGGGGGAGAAAAAUGGAGAGAGAGCAGACACUGAGCCCUGUCAGAGAGGUGUCUUGGAACAGGAGGAGCUGAGAGGGCAAUAG